AUGCACCUCCUCUCUCCUCUGAGCCUCAGCCUCAGCCUCAGCCUUCUUACAACGACCACCACCGUUCUCCUCCACGCAACCGCCUCACCAAGAUCGCACAGUCACACCCACACCAACAACCGGCGCGCCCUCUCCCUCCUCCCGACCCUGCACAACCUCAACCGCGACGCCCUCGAUCUCACCAAACUCUCGAACAACGAUCUCACCGAGCCCGACAACAGCGAAACCCUAAACACGCUGAACGAGGUCCUGGACCAGCUGCCGCUGGCGAUCGAGUUCUGGGCCCUGAACCGCACCGCCGGGGUCGUGGGGCUGAGUCUUGAUAUGGGAUUGACGGAGUUAGCGGACUUUGGGCUGGUGAGUUUGGGGAGUCCGGGGGCAAGAUCCAAUGCUAGGGUGCAUGUUAAUGUUACGAUUACUGGACUGGGGGAUGAGGAUUAA